AAUGUAUAUAAAACAAUCGGACGCGGUUUUCAGAUGUUUUAUUUCGAGUAAACCAAUAACUAAACCAAGUGAAUACACAUAAAUCACAAAGAAGAGACAUUUAAGCUCUUCAACGUCAAGACUAUUAAACUAGCACAUAAUUCAGCAGAUUCUAAUUCUCUAAUUAAUUACAAAAUGAACUACAAAUUGAGCGUUUUGGCCGUUAUUUUGGGUGUUGCUGUAGUUGUCCUUUCCGCUGACGAAAAAAACACAACCGCCCCGUCAGAACCUGACAAUGGAGUCAAAAUAUUCCGUAGACUUAUCCCAGCCGACGUUUUAAGAGAUUUCCCUGGAUUAUGUUUUGCUUCUACUAAGUGCGCUACAGUUGAACCAGGUCACAUAUGGGAAUUAGCACCUUUCUGUGGUCGCUCAACCUGCGUACAAGGUGAAGGCACCAAUCAACUUUUGGAAUUAGUUGAAGACUGUGGACCAUACCCAAAACCCAACCCAAAAUGUAAGCUCUCUGAAAAAACUAACAAGACAGCGGCUUUCCCAGAAUGUUGUCCAAUUUUCGAAUGCGAACCUGGUGUAAAAUUGGAAUACCCAGAAAUUGCUAUUAUUGAAGGUGGUGGGGAGGAAGCUACUGUACCAACAACUGUGAAACCUACCAAAGCCUGAGUAUUACAAUUUGCAAGCACUACUUCCAUCAUUAAUCAAUGAUUAACACAUCUCACAAGCAUAAAAACUGUACAAUACAUAUUAAGAUUAAACUAUUUUAUGAUAAAU